CCAGUUUGUCACAUCCCAUUUAUCAUUAACAUUGCACAAUGGUGACUUGAAGUCACUGGUCCAAAAAUAGUCUUCCAACAUGUGAAGUACUACUGUAUAUAUUUAAAACAAUACAAUAUGAUUUUUUGAGAACGAGGUAGAGAAUCGAACCCAGCACUACCAAAUACUAUAAGAAAUUAGGGUAUAAUUUCCUGUUCAGAGAACACAGUUGGGUCAUGGAAAGAUUCGGUGAUGAUGUGCUGGGUUUAAUUCUGAAAUGGGUUGAAAACCCUAAUGACAGGAAAUCAUUCUCUGAAGUCUGCAAGCAAUGGUCCAGAGUCGAGGGUCUUCACCGAUUAUCUUUACGGGUUUUCGAACCCAAUCUUCUUCCUAAUUUCUUACCCAGAUUCCCAAACUUAGUCUCAUUGGAAUCAUCAAUAGUGAUCACCAAUGCCCAUAUCAAAUUCAUCGCCAAAACUUGUCCCAACAUUGAAGUUCUCAAUCUCAACUACAAAGAAACACAUGAUGGGUUCGAUGAUAUACCGGAUUUGGAUGAUGUUGAUGGUUAUGGUAUAUGUGAGAUAGCAAUUGGGUGUCCCAAUUUAGCUGAACUGUAUCUAAGGAGGAGAUGUCAAGUUGGGAAUUUUGGAGUCAUUUCGCUUGUUAAUUUGGCUCGAAAUUUGACAAGUUUGGAUUUGGGUCGAUGCAAUAGGAUUGCAGACGAAUCCCUUAAAGCUAUUGGGAAUGCAAAUUCAUUGCAGGUUUUGAAUUUGCGAGGUUGUUGGUUAAUCACAGAUAGGGGUUUGGCUUUUUUGGCAAGUGGGUCUGUCUCUAGGAGUCUGCGAAAAUUGGUCAUUGCAGAGUGUGAUCGAAUUACAGAUUUUGGGGUAUUGCACUUGAGGGAAAUGUGUUGUUUGGAGGAAUUGAAUGUAGCAGACUGUGGAGCGAAAGUGACUGACACCGGAGGUGUGGCGAUUGCUGCAAUUCAAACUCUCAAGAGGUUGAACUUACAAUGGUUGAUUAACAUAUCAGAUGCUACACUUGUUGCUCUUGCUCAGAACUGCCUGAAUUUGGUAGCGGUUGAUCUGACGGGCUGUGAAUCAGUAACGGGUGAUGGAAUUCGUGCCUUGGCAAAUCAUGAGUCUUUGGAAUCGCUUGUGUUGGCUUCUUGUCACAACUUGAAUGGGGAUGAUCUGCAACAUAUGGUGCUUGGAUGCCGGACCUUGAGGUACAUUGUGCUGGACAUAAGACUGAGAACAUGGAUCCCUAUGACAAUGCAAGACAAUAUUAGCAAACUUUGUCAGUUAGAGUGGAAGUGAUGAAUGAAAUAAGGACUUAAAUUUGUGUAUGCUUCAUGAACCUGUGAGCAAUCAUCAAUCAGGUUUUCUUAAUCUCCAUUAUGUUGAGCUGCUGAUAUCAUGAUUUGUUCUUGCUCUCACAUUUUCUUGCUUGUGAAUUAAUCCACAUAUAUGUAUUUAUGCACUUUGACUAUAUGCUAUGAAUUAAUUGGCAGUUGGUGAAUGCUUUUUUUUUUUUUUUU